AAUGGGCCUUUGGUCUUAAGAUAUGGAAUAGCAUGAAUACAAGAAUGAGGGAUUCUGUGUACACCACUCUAAAAUGAAGGUGAAUGUGAUCUCUAAAGCAAACCGGAUAUUGUUUGAAGAGAUUCUAUUGGGUGUGAUCUCCAUGAAUGCCAAUCAAGGAAGCUGUGUUGAGCUGAAAAAUCGAAAGUGAAACUAUCUGAGAAACACUGUCAAAACAUUGAAGGCAAAAAAGGUAGAGCCAUGCCAGCGAAUUUGGUGCAGUUCAGCGGUUGGGAGGCUGUGGUUGAGAAGCAGAUUGUCCUGAAACCUGGUCAGGCACCACGGGGCAGACAAGGCUACACCAUGUACCAUGGCACCCACCGUGACAGCGCUCGAGCCAUCAUCACAGGGGGUUUCCGGCCCUCUGCGGGGGGCACGUUAGGCCCGGGGGUCUAUUGCAGCCGGGACAUAGCCAAGGCGCGGGGCUACCCUAGUGUGUGCCCCCCUGGGGAACAAGUGGUACUGCAGCUGAAAGUCCGGGUGGGCCGCGUGAAGAAGAUGGAUGGACAGAAUUUAGCAAUGCGGUACUCGUGGCAACAGAGUGGCUAUGAUACUGCCUGGCUGCCCUCCACCAUCAUUGGGCAUGAGGAGGACUGUGUUAAAGACCCCAAGCGGGUGGCGGUGAAAGGCAUUGCACACUGUAGCGACACGGCCACGAAGCAAGCCCUCGAGAAGCUCAUCAGUCAGCAGAGACAGGGGGGGUCAAGUGGACAGGGAAACGAGCAGGGGGUUGUGGGCAGGUGUAAGGUGUGCAAGAUGCAGACCCCGAUUGGCCACUCUCUGGAGGUGUGUUGGGGGUGUGACGCCACUGUAUGCCCUUUUAUGGACAAACAUGUCUGCAAAAGGAGCAGUUGAAAGCGACAGAUUUGACAUACUGGAUACUAUAUGAUUAUGACAUUAUUGGUUAAUUUGACAAUAAAAAAAUUAAUGGAAAUAAAUUAAGCUUUGUUGAUUCACACAUUGUCCCCCACAAUGAAAUCUGAGGGGGACUAUGGAUCUGUCUCCGUCCGUUCGCACGUCAGUACGAACAGUGCGCACGUUAGUUAGU